ACCUGCAUCUCAACUUGUGCGGUUCGUUCUUUGUUCGUGCCCCCCCUGCGCGAGAGGAGGGAGUAAGCCUGCUGGUCUGCGAGGCGGACGCCUACUAUAAUACAUAGACUAGAGAAAACUCGCUUCGCAUCCACAACAUCUGUGCGGCAAUAUCCUGGAGGACACCCACCCCUGUUCCCUGAUCGGGAGUACUGAGAGGGGGUGACCAAGAGAAGCAGCGCGGAUAGAAUGGCAUCCUUUCCGUUCAUGCCCAUGGCAGUGCUCACCGUCGGUUUGCUCAGCGCUUGGAUCGUCCAGCUAGGCGUGAUCGCUUACGCGGGAUACAUGGUGCGCCACUUGGGUAUCGUCGAGGACAAGGAUCAAGCCGGUGAGUUUUUGGUCAUUGUAAUGAACCGCGUCGUUUCCACCCGCCCUUUUCCGGUGUCUGCACCCACCGCAAUAUCCCUUGCAAAACUCCACACCGCAUGA